CGGGGCUGCAUGCGCUUCUGCGAGAACCACAGGGAAUGGCGCGCUACAGUCGAUGGUCUAAAGGAUGCGGAACCUGCCGUCAAAGGAAGAUACGGGUCGGCUGAGUCAAUUCCCCUGUGUGAUCUCGGCUUUCCCGAGUGCCAGCGCUGUUUCUGUACGGGUAGGAGAUGUUUGGGCUAUGAACGCAAUUACAAGUUCAAAUUGGUUACCAGCUAUACAUCUCCUAACCAUAAACCUCGGCACUUAGCGAAUCAUGACCCUUCUUCCAGAUUGAUCACAGACCCGUCAAAUACACACGGGGGGUAUCAACUGGCGAUAAGGUCUUUACCUCGACCGGAAAGCGGCAUUGGGCGGACAGCUGUGGACUGCGACGCCCUCGUCGGACCAUUCCUCAAAUUACUCUUCCCCCCUAACGCGGACCCGUGCAGCUGGAGAACGUUCCCUGGAGGAUGGAUAUGCUCUCUUCCAACGCUAUUCCACAAUCGAGGCGAACUAGUCAACCAAGGGCUGUUGGCACUGUAUAUGGGCUUCAUUGGCAGAAAAGACGGGGAUGCUACACUUACACAGAUCUCGGCCGAACUAUACGUUAAUGCACUGCACAAUCUACGGAACAGUGAUGUAUGGUUAAAGCAAAAUCCGCGUCCAGAUGAAAUCGAUACAGUAUUAGCAAGUGUUCUGGUAUUUUCUUGCAUUGAGCUUCUGACAAGUGAGGGCGGACCUAGCGGCUAUAUAUCACAUAUCAGAGGUGGUCUACAGCUCGUGAAACGGUUUGGUGGGAAGUUAUCAGACAGUGUCUUCACGUCAACCAUCUUUAAGGCACUUCGAUUCCUUGGUUUCUACGAUGCUGUAACACAUCAACAGCCCUACUUCAUGUCCCAGCCGCCGUACAACACUCUUUAUCUUGCCCGGCAAGAAGAUCCAGAUUAUUUGAUGCAGAAGAUGAUUGAAGCAGCUGUCGCGUUACCAAACUUGGAAUACGAUGCGAACAAGCUGUACGCUUCGAAGCACACUACUGAAAUUCAGAUCCGUCAAGCUUGGCUGGCUGCCGAACUUUUGCUCGGUCAGGCUGCCGUUGUGGAUCGACAGUUGAACCAGUGUCUGCAGCAGAUGACUUCCGUUACACCACAUCCGACACUAGUUGUGACUUUAACUGCUGAGAGCGAUACAUGUUACCUCCCCGGGAAGCAACUGCAGUUUACAGACUGUUCGUCUAAGUGUAACUGGCUCUUCUACUGGUCUGUUAUUGUGCGGUUAAACAGACUGAUAAAGCAUCUGUACGAUAUAUCUUCGGCGCUGUCUUCAAAACUUCCGGACAAACCGCAACUCUCGACGGCUUUGACGAAUCUUGUGAAGGAUGACGAUGUUUUGGAUCAGUAUGCGGAUAAUAUUGGGAUUUCCCUUGGCGCGGGGAUGACUGCCAGUACAUUUCACGCGCAAGAGGCAUUAAUAUUUGUGUUCAACCUCUAUACCUAUUGGGAGGACAGAGGGAAUGUCGAGAAGACGAAUUGGUGCAUUCAAACCCUUCAGGCUCUUCAGAAUCAUGACCGUAGCCUGGAUAUUGAGGUCAACCCAUCCCGCUAAGUGUUCGAUUUUGAUGGCAGCUUUUCUUUCAGAGUAUUAAUAAUUGGAAGGCUGAGAUUUGGAGUUAGUGAAGUUAUGGUACCCCCUUCUAUCUGGAUCCAUAUAAAGAUUGCUAUUGGCUAUCUUGAUACAUGUACUAUUAGGUAGAUACAAU